CCCUAAGCAAGAUGGAGUCGCAAAAGAAAAGAAAAGCGAAAUCUUUAAUUUGUGAGUACUUCAAAAGAAUGAACGUCGACGACGCGAAAACAAAAGACAAGUGCAACCACUGCUCUCAAGCGUGUGACAAAGACGGGAACGUUAACGAAACAUCAAUGAAACAACACUCAACAGUGUGCACGCAAAACCCGAAAAAUCUACCAAAUAAUUCAGAAGACGAAAGAAAAAGAAAAGCGUUAGCGGAAAUGAUAAUACUCGACAAGCUUCCGCUCUCAUCUGUUCAAACCGUGUCAUUUAAAAAGCUUAUGCAAUCUCUGUGCCCCGAAUUUACCAUUCCUUCACCGUCGACAAUAGCACGUGAUUGUUGCGAGUAUUAUUUGGAGAAAAAGAAGAAGUUAAAAAAGUUGUUUACGGAAAAUAAACGAGUUUGUGUUACCGUUGAUAUGUGGACGUCAGAAGAAGGGCUUGAUUAUAUGUGUUUAACCGCGCAGUUUAUUGACCAUGAUUGGAUUUUGCAUAAUAAAAUGAUCAACUUCAAACUUGUAGAUAGUGAUGACGGUGAAGAGAUGGGAAGUACGAUUAUCGAGUGUUUGAAAGAAUGGGGAAUCGAGAACGUGUUGACGAUAACUAUCGGUAACGCAUCGUCUAGUGACGAUGCAAUUUCGUUUCUGAAGAGUAAGUUGCCGAACUUAUUUUCCGACUGUAAAUACCUUCAUAUCAAGUGUAUGACACACAUUAUCAAUUUGGUUGUGAAAGCGGGAUUCAAAUCACAAAACGAUACAAUUGAGCGUAUUCGGAGCGCGGUUAGAUACAUAAGCGUCUCUCCCGACGGGCUCGAUACGUUCAAAUCUUGCGUUGUGGGGAAAAAAGUCGAGUCGGAAACGUUUUUAUGUCUCGAUUGGCCUGACAGAUGGAACACUACAUCCGAUAUGUUGAAAAGGGCAUCGGAAUUCGGAAAGGCGUUUGAGUUAUUCAAAACUAAAGAUCCGGAUUUCAAACGUUAUUUACACAAUUUAAAAGACGAUGUCCCAAGUCGUACCGAUUGGAUUUACGCAAGAAAGUUUGCGUCGUUACUAUAUUUCUUUAAACGCAAAACUAUGCAGAUGUCGAGUACGACAUAUGUAGUAGCCCAUCAGUUUUUUAGCGAAGUUAUGGAUAUCGAUGCACACUUGCAUGAAUUGAAUAAUGAAACGGACUCGCAAGCUUAUGGCGAAUACAAUGCGAGAAAUGUUCGAUCGGUAUUGGGGAGAUCAAAAGAAAAGCUGUAUCUUGUUGUAUUUUGCGGUUAUAUUGGACCCGCGUAUGAAGGUUGAGAUAAUCAAGUACGGUUUUACGAAAAUAUGUAACUUGAAAAAAGAGCCGAAUAGCGAACAAGAAGUUGUGGAUAAGAUGGUUGAAGAUAUGGUUAAAGAUGUCGUGAAUGAAUUCGGAUUAUUGUUUAAUGAAUAUGAGUCGAUGUACCAAACAACGAAUUCC